GUUUCUGGCAAUUCCUCGAGGAUUUCACUCCCCGAGGCGUUGACUUUCGGUGCUCUGAUUUCUGCGACGGACCCCGUCACGACCCUGGCGAUUUUCGAGCAACUGCAUGUGGACCCUCAUCUCUUCAAUGUGAUCUUUGGUGAGAGCGUGCUGAACGAUGCCGUCUCCAUUGUUCUCUUCCACUCGUUUUCCAAAGCGAUCGGGCAGGAGGAGAAGAAUGUGGCAGCGAGCGUCCUUAGAAUGGUGUGGGAUUUCAUCGUCAUCUUCGUCGGCUCUGCGGUCAUCGGUGCUGGUUUGGGCUGCUUUUCCGCGCUGCUUUUUAAGCAUGCGGCCUUAUCCAGCCACACUGACCUCCAUGGCCCAAAGCUGGAGCUGUCGAUUUUUCUGGUCUUUUGCUACGCCCCCUUCCUCCUAGCCGAUGGCCUUGGCCUUAGUGGCAUUGUGGCCAUCCUCUUCACUGGUCUGGUGAUGAAAAGGUACACUUACUUCAAUUUGUCGAAGUCGGCUCGCGAGACGGUAGCCACGGUGGUCUCCAUGAUGGCAAGUUGUGCAGAGACGCUGAUCUUCAUUGAUCUGGGCACCUCUGCCUGGGGCAGCCUGGGGGCCGAUCUCACGCUCCUGAGCUGGGUACUCUUCGCCUGCCUCGUGGCGCGUGCGGCGAACGUGUACGUGUCGGGCUGGAACUCGCGGGAACCGAGCUAUCCACGACGGCGCUUCGAAGCCAAUGACAUGCACAUGGUGUGGUUCGCCGGUUUGCGGGGUGCCAUCGCUUUUGCCCUGUCCACUCAGUUCCCGGGUCCCCAUCGCCACUGCUUCAUGGCUCUGGCAAUGUGGGUCGUGCUUACCUCGGUCUGGCUGCUGGGGGGAGCCACAGCGCCUGUGCUUGGGGCGCUGAGGAUCCGCCGAUGUCAUGGCGAUCAGCUGAAACAGCUUGCGCUCACACUGGAACCGGCCGUGAAACGCUUGGCGUUUGUGCAGCUCGACAGGCAGUACAUCACCCCGCUAUUGCUGCGCAACGAGCGCGGCGAGUUCUCCCCUGUGGCCGGGCGUGCUGAUACAGAGCUAGCCGAAUCGGCCAUGUCGGAGAUGUCUGGGAGGGGGGAGGAUGCCAGAAGCCCAGCGAUCCGCCAACCUCCUUCGACCGACACCGAUGUUGAAGGUGCCGGUGCGGCGCCAGCCCCAUCGCCUUUGCACUCCUCGCCGCUUCUGACUUCCCCGGCCGAAGAUGCGGAGUAA